UACGUCAUUGCGUGCGCCUACGUCACAUCUUCGACGCGUGUAGCUCGUUCGCUGUUAAACAACUAGCUGUGAAUUUAGCCACUGUUUUAUAUAAAUGGCGAAUGGAUGUAAAGACGCGCUAUUCAUGCGGGGUACCGGCCAGAGUGAUGACUCUGAUAUUUGGGACGAUACCGCCUUGAUAAAAGCAUAUGAUAAGGCUGUUGCAUCAUUUAAGACGGCCCUUAAGGGGGAGGAUGAGCCACAAGCGUCAGGCAAAAUCCCACCAGGAAAGAAGCGCAAGAAUAAUAAAACGAAGAACAGCAGGAAAAGAACUAAUACAUUGACAGAUAAAGAGUGGCAGGUUGGAGAUUCUUGCUGUGCGUACUGGUCAGAAGACAGUCAACUAUACUCGGCGACCAUCUCCUCUGUCGACAAGGAGAAGGGCACAUGCAUCGUUGUCUACACAGACUACGGCAAUGAGGAAGAGCAGAACCUGGAAGACUUGCUUUCGCAGAUCUCUGAGGACGAUGAAGAAACCAAAGCCACGAAACUAGAGGCGGAAUCUUCCACAGAGGAGAGUGACCGGUCUACAGAACCAAACCAGCACAAGCAACAGCCACACAGUAAAAGCCAAAAGGGAAAAUUCCCCAAGACACCUCCCCCGAUGUGGGCUCCUGGAUUCCCUCCCCCAUGCCCACCUCCCAUGCCGCCAUUCAGACAGGGUAGGAAAGGGCAUUCUGGUGGUCACGGGCAUGUACCUCCCCCCUGGCCUCCUAUGAUGCAAUUCGGCCCGCCAAUGAUCCCUCCGCCUCCGCCCAUGAGUCCCGACAUGGGAGACGACGAGGCCAUGGGCAGCAUGCUCAUCUCCUGGUACAUGAGUGGCUACCACACAGGCUACUACUUGGGUUUGAAACAAGGUCGCAAUGAAGCUGCCAAAUGGACCAAGCCGCAUCAGAAAUGAAAAAAAAAAAAAAGAAUGGUGGCCAAUAUACUUGUUCGUUUACAUCAACCGAUGCAGGACAGUUUUGUAUUCUAUGUAAAUAGAUUUAAUAAAGCAUAUUCAAUAAACACUC